AUGAAGUGCGUACUUUUUGUUGUGUUGUUAAAAGUCUCGUUGAGUGUUUCGGUUAAGGAGAUUUGUGAGCAAUGUAUACCGAUUGAAGAAUGUGAAGCGUUUACGAAUAUGAACACUCACGACCAAGAGUCUUGGUCGGUACGGUUUCCUUGCGACGGCAAACAAAACAAUAAAACGAUUGGUGUUCUUGGAUUUUCUACUCUUGCUAAAGGAGAUAUUAUAUGCUGUCCAAGCUCUCAGGUUUGGGGUGUUAACAAUUUAAAUUCAGAUUCACAAAAAAGAAGCGUCAGCGGUGGUAAUUUGAAUAACAAUACUGACCCAAAAAUAGAGCCAGAAUAUGGAAAUGCGUUUGAUCAACCAAAUGGAGGAGGAAAUCCCUAUUUUGGCAAUCAAAACGGAGAAAAUUAUCCCAAUAUGUAUGGAAAUCAGAGAAAUCCGAAUCUCUAUGGUCAACAGAAUUACCCCAAUCAAAACAUGUAUGGAUUGGGAAAUCAACAAAACAUACCUAACAAACAAAAUGGUUAUGGAAACCAACGACCUGGUGGCUACGGUGGUUUCGGACAAAAUUCACCAACGAAUCUUUUUGGCAAUCAAAGAUUUCCGUCUAAUCUAGGUUAUCCAAAGAAUAAUCGAUUUCCCGGACAAAAUAUUGACAACUCAUUUAGACCGAACAACUAUGGGGGUGUUCAAAAUCCAUCUAAUCUGUAUAACCAAUGGCCUUAUGGUGGUCAACAAACUAGGCCAGUUAAUCAAAAUAUGUUUAACAAUCCACGAUAUGGAAACCCACAUUCCUAUCCCAGCACUAACGGCUACCCUUGGGAUAACCAAGGAAUGCGACCUGGAUACUCGCAGAAUCCUCAAGAAACUGUUCCUGGGUUCCAAAAUAAUCCCCAAACAGGGUUGCCUAACCAAGUAAACCCAAGUUAUAUGAACCCAAAUUCACCAUCACUGGGUUUUCAAAAUAAUCCACAGACUAGAUUGCCGAAUCAAAUACAACCUGGAAUAUUAAAUCCAUCAGUACCUGUGUCAGGCAAUCCAAAUACUGCAGCUGGAUACCCGAACAAUCCCCAAACUAACUUACCAAACCCGGGACUUUUAAAUCCCGGUCUACCUACAACAGGAACCAAUGUACCAGGAUAUAAUCCACAAACCAACGUUCCGAACCAAGUCCAGCCUGGAGUUCUAAACCCUGGUUCUCCUACAACCGUUAGUCAAAAUCCUCCUUAUGAAUCAAAUGUUGCUUAUCCGAAGCAGCCCAAUCAAAACACGUUUGGAAAUGAUGGUGUUGAUGAUACCGGCAAACCUACCUUAGGACAAGAAUGCAAAAGAAUGAAAACUAGCUUCCCUCCAAGUCCUGAAACAGGUUGUUGUGGAAGAGAUAUGUCAGAUGCUGAAAGAGUAACCGAUCUUCAGAGCCUGCUCAAUAUGUUUGCUCCGCCAAAACAAAAUACUUGGGGUCGGGCAACCUACCCUCAGCAACGCCAUAGUUGGCCUACGUAUCAAAGAAGAAAGCGGUCGGUGAAAAACGAAACGACCGCUGAUGUGUCGCUAGAAAAUAGAAUAGCUGGUGGCAGGGAAACGGAGUUGGACCAAUUUCCAUGGACAGUAUUAAUGAAAACUACUUUUGAUUAUGGCACCAAAAUUGCUGCCUUCAGCUGCGGUGGAUCAUUGAUUAGUCGACGAUACGUAUUGACAGCUGGUCAUUGUGUCUACGAACCCAAAGCAACAAUAAGCGACAUAGAAGUUACAUUAGCUGAGUACGACAAAAGGACUUUUCCAAUUGAUUGUAUCACGGUGUUCGGUGGAGGCCGCGAGUGUGUAAAGAAUAUUCUGAUGCAUGCAGAGGAUGUGGUGCAUCAUCCAGAAUAUGAUGACGACAGGCUACUAAAUGAUAUAGCUCUUGUACGGCUUAGUUCAUUAGCUCCUUAUACACGAUACAUCCGACCAAUAUGCCUCCCAACAGUCAACAUAGAUAUCCCGGAAUUCUCCAAUCUGCCCUUAGCGGUCGCCGGAUGGGGUCGCGACCACCAAUACGUCACUGACAUAAAACAGUCGACCGUCGUGCACUUAAUACCGCCAGAAGAUUGCAGAAAAUCUUACCCCCACUUAAGCGUCGACCACUUGUGUGCAGCAGGCCGUACUGGUGAAGAUACGUGUAAAGGCGACUCGGGGGGUCCUUUAAUGAUGUUAUAUAAAGGCAGCUACUUUGUGAUCGGUAUUGUUAGCGGAAAAAGAGCAGACAGUCCGUGUGGGUCAAAAGUACCAUCGCUGUAUACAAAUGUCUUCCAUUAUGUUAGUUGGAUUCGAAGUACAAUAAGAGAAUAG